UUCCUGCCUUCACUGUCCUUUUCGUCUUGAGGCCCAUCAUCUCAUGCAACGUUCAUAGAAAACGAUCUUAGACCACCAGGCACUUGAAGUCCAACGAUCUGAAGUCACGGCCCAACGUCUCUCGAAGUGACACGCACUGGGCCAUGGUCGUCCAUAUCCUCGGCACGGCUUACGAGACCCUCUUCCCGAAGCAAUAUCUGUACCACAUAUGCGCAGCGAUAUUAGCGCUGUAUGUGAUACGCACGCUCUCACAGGGUAGGAAAACAAGUCGCGACCGCGACUUGCAUGGCAGAGUCGUGCUCAUGACGGGAGCCUUCACCCCACUGGGGCUGACACUCAUGGAAUCCCUCGCAGCAAGAGGAGCACACAUCAUCGCCCUCUCACCAGAACCGAUCGACCUGUCUUCCCCCAACACCGCACCCGCGAACCCGCCUGCCUCUGGCAGUACCUCUUCGAAUGAUGCCCCUCGGCCCCCUCCUCCUGGAGCUGCCGGUACGGCCCCUGCCGCGCCCGAAGUCGACCCCAGCUCGCCCCCUCCCCUCUCCGCCUCCCCCACCGCUCUCCUCAUCGAGGCCCUCCGCACCGCAUCCGGCAACCAGCACAUCUACGCCGAGCACUGCGACAUCGAAUCCCCCGCGCACAUCCGCGCCUUCUGCACGCGCUUCCUCACGGGAAAUGACACGCGGCUGGAUGCCAUCGUCUUUGCGCACGAGGCGCCACACGUAGGGAACGUCGUCGGCGGGCGGAAGGCGCACAAGGCAGAGGACGCGAAGCGGCGAUCCGUACGCUCGCUCGCAACGUUCCUGAUAACUACGCUCCUGCUCCCAGCACUGCUCGUCGCGCCGCCUGAACGCGAUAUCCGGAUUGUCCACGUGGUCAACCCGUUCUACGCAGCAGGCGCGGGUAUGGGGAAGACGCGCGCGAAGGGCCUGGGCCUGAAGCUCGCAUGCACGUUCCCCGGCGUGCUCGACGUCGGGGACGCGCUACGGGGCGUACCCGCGCAGUCCGGCGUCCUACCGAGCGAGGGUGCCCGCGCGCUCCGCACUAUCGUCUACUCCCGUCACCUGCAGCGCGUGCUGGACGCCUUACCUGCCGCGCAGGUGCCGAAGACGGACGCGGAGGCCGGAGGAGCGAAUGCGGCGAGCGUUCCGGUCGUUUCACAGAAGGAGCAGCGGUCGAAUAUCACGACUGUGAGCGUGUCGCCAGGAAUCUCGCGCCUGACGACGAUUGCGCCGAUGCUUGGGGCGAGCGAGAGUGAUAGGUGGUCGUGGACAGGCUUUCUGUUUUACGUUCUCCUGAACCCACUCUUCCGACUCCUCGCCAAAGGCUCAAGUGCAGCGAUACAGAGCAUAUUGCAUGCUUUGUUCGUGCCGACCCCAUUCAAGAUCCUCGCCGGCACCGUGGAGAAGGACACCACAGACGCCGACGGAGACGUAAAGCCCCGCCAAGAGGUCCUCAAGCCCGGCGCGCUCUACGCCGAGUGCGCCGUCGUCCCGCUCGAAGUCACCGUACCCGACGAGUGGAUAGAGCAGGACGCGCAGAACGAGACGGCAAAGGCGGAGAAGGAAAAGGGCAAGGCCAAAGCCAAGUCCAAUGCGCAAGACGAGACCCUGUCGCUCGCCGACGACCGCGAAUAUGGGGCGUUCGAGGCGGCGCUGAAGGUGUGGGAGGCGAGUGAGGAGAAGGAGAAGCCGGCGGCGGAGGGCGAGAAGAGUACGGCGGCGCCGAGCUCGUAGCGGGAGGAUAGGUAAGUCCUAGAAACAUGCAUAUAUCCUGACUAAAAGGACAAAAAAGAGGUACACAUAGCAAGUACAGCAUAAUCCCACACUAC